AUGUUAUCUAAGAUAGUCCUUGCCGUGGCCGCAUGCAACAUUUCCAUGGGAGAGAAAGUGCUUUUUAUGGACCAAACCGUCCCUAUGACCUACAACGGACAAGCUAUACGCUGGACUCCCCCUGAUGCCUAUGACCGUGACGAAGCUAUGCAGCCCGAUGCUAAGACUAAGACGUUGUUCAACGAGCAGGAUAACUUUAUGCCCUGGAAGCUCCGCGAGCGCCACUCCGACUUUGAGCCCGAUGCCAAGUCUAAGACAUCGAUCAAGUCCAUCGAGAUUACCCAGACAUAUAAGGACUCGCCCAGCGUCUUCAAGCCCAAGGCCGGCGAUGUCGACGAGUCGUAUUCGCUGACUGUCUCUGAGGACGGCAAGGUGGCUAUCAAGGCUAAGUCGUCGACGGGCGUGCUCUACGGGCUCGAGUCCUUCUCGCAGCUCUUCAAGCACAGCGCCGGCACCUUCUGGUACACGCCCAAUGCCCCCGUGUCCAUCGAGGACGAGCCGCGGUUCCCGCACCGAGGCGUCCUGCUCGACGUCGCCCGCUCGUUCCUCGGGGUGGACGAUAUUAAGCGCACCAUCGACGCCAUGGCCUGGAGCAAGCUGAACCGCCUGCACCUGCACGUCACUGACUCGCAGUCGUGGCCCCUGGAGAUCCCCGCGCUGCCCGAGCUGGCCGAGAAGGGCGCCUGCCACAGGGGCCUCUCGUACUCGCCCCAGGACGUCAAGGACCUCUACGAGUACGGCAUACCCCGCGGCGUCGAGGUGGUGCUGGAGAUUGACAUGCCCGGCCACAUUGGCGUCCUCGAGCUAGCCUACAAGGACCUCAUUGUCGCCUACGACGCCAAGCCCUACGACCAGUACUGCGCCGAGCCUCCCUGCGGCGCCUUCCGCCUGAACAGCACUGCCGUCUAUAGCUUCCUCGACACGCUUUUUGGUGACCUCUUCCCCCGCAUCGCCCCCUACACGGCCUACUUCCACACCGGCGGUGACGAGCUCAAGGAGAACGACUCGAACCUUGACCCCGAUAUCAGGUCCAACGACACCAAGGUUCUGUCUCCGCUACUACAAAAGUUUGUCAGCUACACCCACGAAAAGGUCCGCACGGCCGGUCUAACCCCGCUGGUAUGGGAGGAGAUGGUGACGACGUGGAACUUGACCAUUGGCAGUGACGUCCUCGUGCAGUCGUGGCUCGGAGGAUCCGCCGUCAAGGACCUGGCCGAGGGUGGCCGCAAGGUCAUUGACAGCAACUACGAGUUUUGGUACCUCGACUGCGGCCGCGGCCAGUGGCUCAACUUUGCCAACGGCGACACGUUCAAAAAGUACUACCCCUUCAACGAUUGGUGCGGUCCCACCAAGAGCUGGCAGCUCGUCUACGCGCACGAUCCCUUGGCCGGCAUCUCUAAGAACGCGGUGCAGAACGUGCUGGGCGGCGAGGUGGCCGUGUGGACCGAGACCAUCGACGCCGUCAACCUCGACACGCUCGUGUGGCCUCGCGCCAGCGUCGCCGGCGAGGUGCUCUGGUCAGGCCGCCAAGACGCCGCCGGGCAGAACCGCUCGCAGUACGAUGCGAUGCCUCGCCUUGCCGAGUUCCGCGAGCGCCUGGUGGCCCGUGGCCUGCGCACGUCGCCCAUCCAGAUGACAUUUUGCACGCAGGGCAAUGUGACGAAAUAUGCUGCCUAG